AUGGCCGGCGACGACAAGAAACCCGGCAAGACAAUAGUCUUCCUGCACCCUGAUCUCGGGAUUGGGGGCGCAGAGAGGUUAGUCGUCGACGCGGCAGUAGGCUUGCAAAAGCGCGGACACAAAGUGGUCAUCUUCACGAGCCACUGCGAUCCCACUCACUGCUUCGACGAGGCCCGUGAUGGCACCCUCGAUGUGCGCGUGCGUGGCAACACGAUUGUCCCCCCCUCCCUCCUCGGCCGCUUUGCUAUCCUGUGCGCCAUCCUGCGCCAGCUGCACCUGAUCAUCCACAUCACGCUCCUCACCCCAGAGCUCCGCGAUCUCGCACCCGACGCCUUCUUCGUCGAUCAGCUCAGCGCGGGGCUCCCUCUGCUCAAGACCCUAACCGCCGCACCCAUCUUCUUCUACUGCCACUUCCCCGACCUGCUCCUCGUGCGCGGUCGCGCACACCUCGCCAAGCGCCUUUACCGCGUGCCGUUCGACGCGCUCGAGCGCUGGAGCAUGGGUUUCGCCGACGCCAUCGCCGUCAACUCCGAGUUCACGCGCGGCAUUGUCGCGCAGACCUGGCCGGGGCUAGUCCAACAACCCACCCAGGGGGAGGGGAAAGGGGGGCAAGGGCAGAGCAGCAAAGCAAACGGGCGGCAGUUGCACGUGGUAUACCCCUGCAUCGACACCACCCCGCCCAGCUCCCCCGCCUCCCCGCUCCCCUGGAAAAAAGACGGCGUGAUCCUCUCCAUCAACCGCUUCGAGCGCAAGAAGAACAUCGCGCUCGCACUACACGCCUUCGCACUCCUGCCCCCCCCACCGCCGCCACCGCGCCAAACUGGUCCUCGCCGGCGGCUACGACCCGCGCGUGGCCGAAAACGCCGAGGUCGUCUUCUUGCUGAGCGUGCCCCAGACGCUCAAGGCCAUCUUGCUGCGCACGGCGCGGCUGCUGGUGUACACGCCGAGCAACGAGCACUUUGGGAUCGUGCCGCUGGAGGCGAUGCUGGCCGGGGUGGCGGUGCUGGCGGCGGACAGCGGGGGUCCGCGGGAGACGGUGGUGGAAGGAGUGACCGGGUGGUUGCGGGAUCCCGAGAGGCCGGAGGCGUGGAGCGUCGUGAUGGAUCGGGUGCUGAAUGA